AUGGCCAAAGACAAAGAGCGCUCGAUCAACCCUGCCGCCGCGCAGCGGAAACAAGAUAAACAAAAAGAGUUGAAGAAAGGCAAAGCAGAGGCACUUGCUCGACGGAAUGAGAAAUUGGCGCGCCGCAACCCAGAUCGAAUUCAGCGUCAGAUCAACAGCUUCAAAGAAGCCGAGGAGUCAGGACAAAAACUACGGCCACGCGAUAAGGAGCUCCUUGAAGCACUGGAGAAGGAUUUGCGAGGCGUUUUGAAAGCGCGUGAAGCCCUUGGCGACAAGGCACCCCGGUUCGAUCACGGCGGCAGAGGAGGGCACCAUGGUGAUGGCGCUAGACGGGGUGGUGGGGACGGCGUGCUCGGGAAGCGGAGGCGAGGCUCAGAUGAAACACGAAUGCCUCGUGAUAGUGACAGCAGCGAUACGGAUGAGGAUGUGCGAAGGAUACCCAUGCCGCGGGAUACACCGCCACCAAUCCCGCGUCAGCACCAGCGCAGACGAGAUGGAAAUGUGCCUUCAGAACAAAAUGUUGAACGCACCGGUCCUCAUCCCCUGCCAUCUCGUCCAACGGCGGUUCCGGUGGCCAAGACUGUUUACGAAGCGAAACCUCAGAUUCGGGAUUUGCGACAGGAGGCAACCAAGAAGUUUGUUCCGGCUGCGGUUAGGAUGAAACAGCAGUCAAUCAAGGGGCAGGGGAAGCUGUUGGAACCGGAAGAGAUGGAUAAGCUUGAGAAAGCUGGGUAUAACGCCGGGCCUGCUCCGGAAGCACGGGCUGGGGAUUCGCCACAGGAGGAGCAGGAGGAGCAGGAGGAUUGGAUGUUGACGUUACAAGAAGAGGAGCGACGUCUCAACCAAGAGCGUAAGACGGUUCAGAUAGAAGAGGUUGAAGAUGAGGAGGCGUGGGCUUAA